AUGUUAUCAGGAGUCGAAGAUGAAGCAAAGAUCAAGUCCUUGUUAGUUGAACCAGAUGCUAGUGUUGAUAGUAUGUUUAAAACAGCUAUUAUGCGUGCUUUGGAACUGACAUUGUAUCUCCCACCAGCAAUUACUCGAAAAAGAAAAGCAGCCGCAGCUGCUUUGGAUCAAAUGGGAUACCCUAACAACCACCAACAACUGCAACUGCAAGUGCAACUGCAAGAACCUCAAAUCAAACGAGCGAAACUUGAUGGUCGUGAAGGAAUAGAAUACAACCAAGGACAAGUGCCAGUGCAAGUUCAAGGGCAAAUCCAAGGGCAAGUUCAAGGGCAAAUCCAAGGACAAGUUCAAGAACAAGGGCAUGAACUGGUGCAAGGGCAAGAGCACAUUGAUGAGCCUCCUAGAAUUGUUGAAGUAGACAAGGUCAUGUCCCUCAAAUCGCAAAAGCAGGUUUCCGAAGAGCAAAUGAAUGAUUUUAUCACUACAAAAUUGGAAGAUUUGGAAGUGUUGUCAAUUCCAGAGCACUAUCCAACAAAACCUCAGGCUGCAUCCUCUUUGACAGAAAUAUAUUAUUUGACCCAAACAUUACCUUCGAAUAAAUUGAUUCCCGGUAGUCACAAAACAUUGAUGACGGAAAACUACGAGUUGGCUCUAUUAGAGGGAAAGGUUGCAGUGAUUUACUCUAGAAUCGAAGAAUUGAAAAGACAAGGUAAGUGGUCUCUGCGACAGCCGAUUAGAUACUACGAUCCAUUUGUCUACACAAAGUUGGGGAAAAGAAAACACUUUACGUGGGACAAUUUACUUCGAGAAGCUUCGUGGAUGGCGGAGGAUUUCCAAGAAGGCGCAAAGUAUAAGAAAUAUUGUUGUGUAAUGAUUGCACAGGCUGUAAGGGAAUACUGGUCCUUGGGUAAAGAAAAAACAUGCGUCGUGCGGAGAAUUCCUGCUGUAUUGGAGGAGAAAAUUGAUGAAGAAAUGGAGAACGACGGAGAUUCUUUGGAUAUCGAAGCAAAUGUCAAAGAUAAUGAAAACGAAAAUGAAAUCAAUAAAGAUAAUGCAGAUGACAACAAGCUCGAGUCAAAUAAUGUGGAACAAGUGGAGUCCGAUAGCAAAAGAAAACUUGUUACCAAUUUCAAAGCUCUAAGAGAUUCCAAAAGAGAUCCUGUGGUUUCAGAUACACCAAAUAGUGUUAAAAACAAGACCUUAUCAAGAACUGUCAAGAAAGAUAAAUCAAGCGAAGAAAAAACUAUUGUUCCAAAAACUUUGUUUUUCAAAGAUUUGAAAGCAUUCCAAAAACCCAAGGACACCAAAGCUGGAGGUGAAGCUAAAAGUGAACCGCAAGAUCAUACUCCUAUGUCCAUUUUUGCUGAUCUAGAGCCUGGUCAAUCAAACAAGCUCAAUAUCAGCAUCGAUGAGCUCAACAAGUUUGCAAGAUCAAUAAUGUCCAAUUUGCCUAUUCAUAAAGCUUUUGGCUCCAGCGAUGGCAAACUUGAAGUCCAAGAACCACCCAUUACUUCUGUUUCGAAGUUACUUCUCCCUUUCGAGAAGGAUAAUGACUGGUACAAGAUAAUCUUGAAAAAGCAAUCACCAGAGCACCAGAGCAAAAAUUCGGUCUCACUUUCUCAUAAACUUCCUGAAUAUCAAAAGGGUGUGUUUGGUACCCAAUCACAUAAGAAAUUCAAUUUUUUGCGCCCACCAAAGCCACCAUUGGUGACAAAUAUUGAGUUUAGAUCACCCACCGUGUGGCUUCCAGAUGAUGACAAAAGGCUUAUACAUUAUGUUGCUGAGUUUUGUUUCAACUGGGACUUGAUUGCAGAUCACAUGCUGGUUGUUUCGUCUGUACCCACGUUGCGCAAGUACGAAUCCAAUAUUGAAAGACGUACACCAUGGCAAUGUUUUGAACGGUACAUUCAAUUGAAUCUGAAAUUCCAGUUUUCAGAUAUGAAAGGUAUCUACUCGUUUCAUGCUCAACAAUGGUUGGAACAAGCACACAGAACGCAGCUGACUACGAAGAGACGUGUGUCGCCCUUGGGUGUAGCGAACGAUUCUAUACAGAGAGGGCACAGAAAACUUCGAUGGGCCUCGAUGUUUGAUGCAAUGAGGAAAGCUAUGAAGAAAAGAGAGAUUGCACUCGCCAAGCUCAAUCAUCGUAAGAAUACUAAUGAAUUGCAGAAUAGUCAACAACAAAACUCGGCCGCGAAUCUGGAUAAAAGAGGAAAUCUUGCAAAGGUUCCUACCCCCUUGGAACUUUCCAAACUCAAAUACGAGAGGGAUAGGACAAUUGCAGAGGGAUCUAGGCAGAGAAUGCUCGCUGCAGUAGCACAACAGCAACAACAGCAACAACAGCAACAACAACAACAUCAGCUUCAGCAACAGCAUCAUCAACAGCAUCAUCAACAGCAACAGCAACAGCAUCAUCAACAGCAUCAUCAUCAGCAGCAGCAGCGUCCAUCGCAGCCUCAGCAACAUUCCCAACAAUUUCCUACUCAACAGCAGCAUCCGCAAAUAAAUCCUCAGCAGCAACAACAACAACAACAACAACAACAGCAGCUUUCUCAACAUCAGCCACCACCACCAUCUCAACAACCACAACUACAACAGGCCGCUAGAGCUCAAAUGACCGCGGGAGCUGCGUCUCAACUUUCUAUCCAGCAGCAACAACAACUUAGACAACGACAAUUGCAACAACAACAGCAGCAGCAGCAGCAGCAGCAGCAAAGGAUUAGUAUAACCCAGCAAGGUCAAAGUCCUCAUCAAAUACGUGCACAAGCCCCUGUUUUAUCGUCUGCGGAGAACAUUCAUAUUCCCCCAACACAACAUGGCUCUCCAAAUGGUGUUAUUAAUAAUGUCUCACAAGCACCGAUAAAGAUUCCAACAACAAAGGAUGGAAAACCAUUGACUAAUGAGCAAAUACAACAAUUAAUGCAGAUGGAAAAACAAAGGAGACUUCUUCAGCAUCAACAACAACUUCAAUUACAACGCCAGCAGCAACGCCAGCAGCAACAGCAGCAACAGCAACAGCAACAGCAACAGCAGCCGCAUUUGCACCAGCAUCAAAAUCCCCUGCCACAUCAAUCAAUUGAUUAUCCUCAACUGCAAAACUUCCAAAACAGCACACACGUGCAACUGCCCCAACUUCAAAACUCACAAGUCAAUACUCAGCAAUAUCAAGCCGCACAGCAAGCACGAAUUAAUGCAAAUUCUCCGACUGUGCCGCAAUACCUGCCUAGUAAAGUCAAUCAAUCACCUCCCACGCCUUAUUUUCCACAACCAGGUCAACCCCAACAUCAAAUCUCGCCACAUCUUCAACAGAGCCCUACACCUGUACCACAAGCAGUCCAACAACAACGCCCCCAAUCACAACAACACCAGCAACAACAAGCACAACAAAUCCAACAUCGUCAAUCCCAACCACAGCAAUUGCAACAACCUCGACAACCACAACAGCCACAACAGCUGCAUAGGCAACCACCGCAACAACAGCCGCAUAGACCACCACCACAACAACCGCAUCAACUGCAACAACAACGUCAGGGGCAAGUACGUCCUCGCAUGCAAUUUCAGCCCGCACAAAUUACUGCAGUUAUCAAUUCUAUACAAAAUCAAAAUCCUGGGCUCUCGAAGGAACAAGUGACGAAACUUGCGGCGCAGUAUCUUGCUAAUCUUCUGCAACAGCAGCAACUACGUCAGAGACAAGCGGCAAGUUUGCAACAACGUCGACAAUUACAACGUCAACAACAACUGCAGCAGCAGCAACAACAGCAACAGCUGCGUCAGCCGCAACAGCUGCCUCCUCUACAACUGCCUCUUUUACAUCAACUGCAGCCUCAACAACUGCCUCCUCUCCAACAACUGCCUCCUCUCCAACAACUGCCUCCUCUCCAACAACUGCCUCCUCUCCAACAACUGCAUUUGCAAAAUUCUACGACAUCUAGUAUAGUUCCCAACACGUCGCCGCAGUUGACACCCCAGCAAAUUUUAGAUGCUGCUGCUGCCGCUGCAGGUAUGGGUCUGAAUCAUGUCAGUGCUACAACAAGUCCGCAAAUGAAUCAGAAUCCAAUGAAUAAUAGUCAACAAUGA